UUGUGACUACUGUAAUGCCAAUCGCCUUUGCAAAUUUUAGUGCUGUUUUUUUAACCAAUUGCUAUAAAAUAUUGUAAAUAAUGAGGACAUUCGUCAUUACAGUUGUACUACACUUAAAGCGAUUUUAAUUAAACACACAUAAUGUUAUUCAUCCAUCGUUCAGUUGAUUAAAAGGCAUUCUAUAUUCUGACAAAGUAAAUUCUGACCUUACUGAUAAGAGUUAAUUUAAAAUUGUAACACAUCGUUUUAUCAUUACUUGCUUUAGUUUUGUGAAUUAAGAAACAAUCUAAACUUUAUAUAAAAAUGGAAGACAAAAGUUUUGAAGGAAAACGAGCACUUGUUACGGGUGCGGGUAAAGGCAUUGGUCGAGCUAUAGCUGUAAAACUAGCAAGUCUGGGUGCCAAGGUCUUUGGCAUUAGUAGGACACAGUCUGAUCUCGAUGAUCUAGUGAAACAGGUUCCGUCAAUUGAAACUCGCUUUGUUGACAUAUCUGACUGGGAUAAUACCAGAAAGGUUGUUGAAGAAUUAGGACCAAUAGAUCUGUUGGUUAACAAUGCUGGCAUCACCAACUGGACAGGCUUUCUGGACGUCACCAAGGAAGAAUUAGAUAAUCUGCAUGAUAUCAAUUUCCGAGCUGCUUUUAACAUUACACAGGUAAGUCACGCGCUGUCAAAAAUGACUAAUUUCCAGCUAAACCUUACGCUUUGUCUCGUCUUACUUUCUACUGCGCAAAACCCAAUAUAUCGAGAUUUGUUUUCUUACGUCAUAGCGUCAUACAAAUCAAUAGCGUCAAGAGAAGUUCUCUUUUAUCAGAUAGUUGCCAGGGGUAUGGCCUCACGUGGAACUGGUGGAGCCAUCGUUAAUAUUUCCAGUAUUGCUGCCAUGCGUGUCGUUCCAAACCACACAUGCUACUGUACAGCCAAGGCUGCUCUAGACAUGUUGGCAAUGACACUAGCAUACGAGCUUGGUCCUAAGAAGAUUCGAGUGAACAGUGUGGACCCAACAAUUGUCUUGACAGAGCUUGGUAAACGAGGAUGGAGCGAUCCUGUAAAGAAAGCUAAUGCAAUUGCAAAAAUUCCUAUCGGACGAUUGGCAGAGGAGGAAGACGUGGUAAAUGCCACAAUAUUCUUAUUGAGUGAUAAGUCCUCGAUGAUCAAUGGUGCGAUACUGCCAGUAGAUGGUGGUAUGAUUGUAAGCUGCGUUUGAUACCGAUUAUGUUGUAUGUAAUAUGAUUAAUAAACAACACUAUUUGCCAUAACAUUGGUAGCGUCACGAAAUAAAGAAAUAUUAUUGGGAGAUUGACGUUACUUCUAUCCUUAUUCCUUGUAUAUUUCACUAAGUAAACUGUAGGAUGUAUGAUUGGAUUUUCAAUUAUUUAUACUGGUAUCAAUCGACUUACGUGGAGACCGUCAGGGUACGCAAUAACAUAUUUUGAAAAAUAUAAAAUAGAGAUGUUCAAACUUAUUGUUUCUAUAAAACAUUGUCUCGUAGAACACGUCGCCCGUGUUGUAUCAGAACUCUCUGCUUCUGGACUGCUCUCUGAAAAUAAAACGCUUUCUACCUAGAAAUUUCUUUUCGUUGUGGGCCCACUAUGCAAAUGCGUGGCUCUGUGGCUGUGUUUUUGGUGCUCUGUGCUUCCUAGAAAUCUCCCUUACCUAUUUUCUAGUGUUCCGAGAGAGUACGUUAUAGCCUAGCCAUUUAUCACAUUAAAUAUAAUAACGCUACAUUUAAUGGUUAAACAUCGUCUAUUUA